GUUGAUAACCGCGUGCCGUGCGCCGCGCUCGUGCCCAAAUCCGAGUCGCAUGAGUUGACAAACGUUAGUUCUUUGACCCAUUUUCGCCGCGUAAUCUCCCGUAUAGCCGCUUACAUUGUUCGAGACCAUUUGUGCUCACAGCUCACCCCUCACUGAUACUGGCUCAACAGAUUAACAGAUUCAAUAUAAACAGCCGCCGGACGAAAUUUUAAGCGCUGCUGAUAGCAAUAUUUUGAUCAAGAUAGGGCCAAUAGCGGACAUAAGAUGGCAGACAACUGUCAAGAGGACUACAGAGAACAACAACAUUGCAAUUCAUGUGAUUCCACCCGAUGGAGAGGAAGAUGACGAGUUCGUGCCGCCGCUGCGGCCGCGGCGCAAGCUCAGCACGCCGCUCAGCGCUCUGCCGGGCGCCGUGGACGGAUUGUCACCAGAUCUCCUCCGUACGUCGCCGACGCGGACCCUCUCUCCCUUCGACAGAACCAAGCGUCGAUUCAGCACUAUGGUCUCGAGUGCCGCAGCAGCCGCCGUCUCCCGUCGCUUCUCUGCCACUAUAGGCUGGUGCCUGGCCACCCCUUCGGACGUCAAACCGCAAAUCGUUCGCCAGGGGCGCGCUCUCUGCCUACAAUACAUAAAAACUCAAAUACGAAGGUCAUCGACCUGCCCCAAAAAGCAAAUAGUAAUGAAACGUUUACAAAGAAUGCUCGAAACCGAAUGCGGGGAGGAAGCUGUGAACAAUGUGGAAACUGGCGUGUUCACUGCGCUGAGAGCUCUGUGUGCUGCUUUGGAGAGGAAACGACCGGACGCAUUUAGACACGUCGCCCGUCAGGCUACGCGAGCACCGUCUGCCAUGCUACGCUCUGACACUGCUCUAGCAGAACUUACACUGGCACUAGCUCGCCGCAUCACAAGGGAUAACGUCACUUGGUCCAAGAUCGCAGCCGUGUUUUGCAUAUGUGGUGCAUUAGCCAAAGAAGCAGCUGAGUCAGCGGACGGCGAGCCGGCGCUCGAGCUGGUGGCAGCUCCUGCGGCGGCGCUUGCGGAUCUUCUUCACGACAGUCCGGGCUCUUGGAUAGCUAAUAAUGGUGGAUGGAAUGGGCUCAUCGAUCGUCUACGCGCCAGUGAUCGAGAUCAGAGAACCGAGAAGACGCUCCGAGUGUUGGUCUCAUUCUUUGUAUCGAGUUGCCUUAUACUUCUAUUAUUGCGAUGGGUGUGGUCGUAACGUGAAAAGUACUUCGAAUCACGGACUUGUAAUUAACUAGAUACCGUCCGCCGAACAAUAUAUUUUGUACUUGCAUAAUAUUUGCCAUGUUUCUUAGAUUUUUAGAACAAAUCGACGACGUGUCUAUACGCGCGUUUAGGAUGGGAACCUAACAAAAAGUUAAACGACACAACUUUUGAGUGAGCUAGAAAGAGUGUCAGAGAAUGGCACACAUGUUUUUUUUAUAUGUAGCUCGCUCAUAGCUGACCUACCGUGGCAGUACCGUAAAUAUUUUUAACCGAUCUCAAAAAAAGUGAAAGGUUUUCAAUUCGAGGCGUACCUAUGUUUUUUUUUUUAUUAAAAAAUCAAACAACACAAAACCCGUCCUAAUAUAAUCCCGCAAAAAGUACUAUCCUAUCUCUCAAGAUGAACUCAACUGAACACUGCAAACAUUCAUUAGAACAGUAUAUUAGGUAAGACUAGAGAAGUUCAUCGCGGGUAAACAAAGUGUUAAAUAAUAAUUUUAAUGGCGCUUAAUAUUUUUGAUAAAAAAAGUAUUUAUACCGUCGAAUUUUAUACUAUGAAAUGAAAAAGAGGUGUCUAGAUAAAGUUAAGUCCGUGCUUCGAAAGCUAUCAAGUUUUUGAUUACGCCUAUAAAGUUGGCCAUAGAUUUAUUUUUAUCAGUAAUAGUACAAAUUUAAAGCAUAAAGGUUGUCACUUAGAUUACUUAGAUUCAUCUAUUGUCAGUUGUUUAAGUAAAUAAAGUACGUAUUUUAUUUCAGUAUAAAGUGUAGUUUAGUCAGUAAAGGUCAAGUCACGGAACAUCAAGUGCGCCAGUAGCAGUUAGCCAUACAAGCUCAAGUAGGCCUAGGGGGGAUAACUGUCAAAUCUGCAGCGCACUCCUUAACUAGAACAUGUGUGGCUAUUGUAUACAUGAAGCAAAAAUUGGAUUUCCACUCUGCCGACUUGAUCAACUCUGCUGUAUCGUGCAAACUUGAUCGUGUGUACAUAGUUUAAUAAAAUAGGCAGACGGUAUCUGUCUAACAUCUGAAGCAACAUAUUGGCACCGAGUAUCAUUACGUGUGUGAAAUGUAUUGCCAGUUAUAGGAAAUUAAUAGUCUUCAUAAUAUUAUGUGCAACGGUGUGCGUGUCGACGUGUAUGAUUACGUAGGUAUAUUAUCUAUCAUCAUUAUCAGCCGAUGGACGUUCACUACUGGACAUGGCCUCUUGUAUAGACUUCCACACUUCACGGUCUCGGGCUGCCAGCAUCCAGCGGCUCCCUGCAACCCACUUGAUGUCCUCGGUCCAUCUAUCUUUCCUGUGUAAGGUCGCCAUUCCAGCACCUUGAGACCUCACCUUUGAACUAUGUCAUAGAAACAUAAUAUGUACAGGUACUAUGUGAACGCAGAUAAACUCCAAGUUUAACUCGCCCCAUCGCCAUAUUUAGCGACCAAGUCUCAGAUCCUUAGGUCAUCACGUAGGAAUAAUAUCUAUAUUAUAUGCGAAACGGCAGAAUUGGGGUGCUUUUUUCACGUUAAAUUUUAUUUCUCGAGUCACGAGAGUCCAUAUUAUAAUUAUAAAUUGUGCCAAGAUUUAUGUUACACCUACUUGGUAAGUAAAAGUCAAUUAAAAAUGAAUUAAAAUGGUACUAUAGUAUUUGAGGUUUUACCUUUUGAAAGUAUUAAGAUAUAAUAUAUAAGUAUAUUAGUUCGUAAGUCUAUAAAUUAAUUUAUUUAAAUAGUUAAAAAUAUAUAAAUGAUUCCUGUUUG